GUCCGAGGGCGCCGCGCCCUUGCCCUGGGCCCGCCGCCCGGCCCGCGUCCCUGCGCUGCGCCGCCCGGCCGGGUGCAUGCAUUGUGGGCCUCCCGACAUGGUCUGCGAGACGAAGAUCGUGGCCGCCGAGGACCAUGAGGCGCUGCCGGGGGCCCAGAAGGACGCGCUGCUCGCCGCCGCCGGCGCCAUGUGGCCCCCGCUGCCCGCCGCCCCCGGGCCGGCCGCCGCCCCCGCGGCUCCCCCGCCCGCGCGGCCCCAGGCUCUCGGCGGCGCCGGGGGCGCGGAUCCGCCCGAGGGGCGCGGCGUGUACAUCCGCGAGUUCCGCGCGGCGGAGCAGGAGGCGGCGCGCCGCAUCUUCUACGACGGCAUCAUGGAGCGCAUCCCCAACACGGCCUUCCGCGGCCUGCGGCAGCACCCGCGCGCGCAGCUGCUCUACGCCCUGCUGGCUGCGCUCUGCUUCGCCCUGACGCGCUCGCUGCUGCUGACCUGCCUGGUGCCCGCAGGGCUGCUGGCCCUGCGCUACUACUACAGCCGGAAGGUGGUCCUCGCCUACCUGGACUGCGCGCUGCACACGGACAUGGCCGACAUUGAGCAGUACUACAUGAAGCCCCCCGGCUCCUGCUUCUGGGUGGCGGUGCUGGAUGGCAACGUGGUGGGCAUCGUGGCGGCGCGGGCGCACGCGGCGGACAACACGGUGGAGCUGCUGCGUAUGUCCGUGGACUCGCGCUUCCGCGGCAGGGGCAUCGCCAAGGCUCUGGGCCGCAAGGUGCUCGAGUUCGCCCUGGCGCACCACUACUCCGCGGUGGUGUUGGGCACCACGGCCGUCAAGGCGGCCGCCCACAAGCUCUACGAGUCGCUGGGCUUCAGACACAUGGGCUCCAGCGACCGCCACGUGAUGCCCGGCAUGACCCUCUCGCUGGCCGAGCGCCUCUUCUUCCAGGUCCGCUACCACCGCUACCGCCUGCAGCUGCGCGAGGAGUGACCGCCGCCGUCCGCCCGCCACCCCGCCCGCCCGCCCGCCUGUGCCCGCCCCGCCCGCCGCCCGGGCCGCUUUCAGACGCUCACCUUGGUGUGUGUGUUGGGCUCCUCCCUUUUCGACACCACACGGUUCCUUGGCUGGUUCCUGGGGGAUGCCGGCCGCUGUGCAUCGGUGACACGCGGGAAGGUGGGUGGUCCCUCCAGCCACGGCCCCCGCCCUCCCUGGGUCGGGCCACGCCCUGAAGAGUGACAGCGUGGGCCGCCACGAGCCCACGCAGCUGCUGGCCCCGGCCGGAGCGGCCCCGGCCCGCUUAGCCCCGAGGUGGCCAGGGGCCCCGCCUUGCCCGUCAAGCACAGAGCCCCUGGGGUGAGGCCCCCGCGCCCAGCAGACCCGGCGGCAGCGGGGCGGGGCUCGGUCGCCCGCCCCCAGUGGGCGGGGCCUGCUGCGCGCGGCGCCGGGCUGCCCGCGGCCGCUUUGCUCCGUGCAUGCCGAGGAUGAGGCCUGGCUGCAGCAUGCCGCAUGCGCGCAGCCCCCCGCCCCCGCCCUGCCCAGACUGGACCCAGACUGGUGAGCGCCCCGGCCCGCGCCCCGCUCUCCGGAGCCCUGCUCUCCACCUCGCCCCUCGCUUCCCCCAGUCCGGCUCAGCUUCAACGUCGAUCACCUCUUUUCUUUCGGUACCUGCCCCUCCUCCGCCCGGGCUUCGCUGACUGGCGUCGUCAUCCAGGUGUGGUUCCCAUAGCGACGUGUGGUCCAGCCGCGGUCAGGGCCCUGCCGGAGGGCAAGGUGGAGGCGGCCGUGGGGGUCCCCGCUCCCCCAGGGCCAGCUCGAUUGGGCGUAGUGGCCGCUCCCGGACCUCCCUGGGAACUUUCUGCCCCACAGCGGCCGGGCUCUGUCCUGUGAAUCUUGACCAACCCAGGCUGAUGCCCGCACCACCGAGCCCGUAGCUUCUCCCAGCCUGAAGCCGACCUAUUUUUUAAUGUUAUUUAGACAGAAUAGCACUCUGCAUGACUUUAACUCUUGGGACAAAACGGUAGUUGAUACCUACACACACACACACACACACACCUGUGUGGCCCAGAAUAUGCACUAUUUCCGGCCCAGUUUGGUAGGGGUGGGUGCCGGGGGGUGGAGUGUUGGUUUGGAGUCUGGAGGGAGACCCUGACUGAACGUCGUUUCUGCCCCGAGAGCACUCCAGGGUGGGAGCAGGCAGGAGCAGCUUGCCAGCAGCAUCCAGUGUAGGAGCGGGCACCUUCCAAGUGCCCACCUGCUGCCCCAGGUCGCAGGCAGGGGCUUUUGGGGGUGGGGGUGGCCCAGAGUCAGGGAGGAAGGUGGCGGCUGGAGGGGCGUAGAGGCCUGCAGAGGCCCCUCGCUUUGCGGGGGGAGUGGCAGGCGGCGUGGGCCAUGGACCUGGGCGCCACGUGCGGGGCCCUGGAGGGCGGGUCGUCAGAGGCGCUUUGAGCCGGCGCCGCCUGGCCUCCCGAGGGGCCCUGGGCACUGCGAGCGGCUGAGGUAGCCUCCAGAACCUUGUACAGACCCCGCGCCACCCUGCGCGUUCUCCCUGGUGGCGCCCGGCCCCCGUCGGGGGUGGGAGUUUUGUAGACUGUACAGAAAUCGGCCCCCUAUUUUCUUGCAGCUCUCAGAUUUUGUUAAUCUGGAUAAUACAGACAGACGUAAAGUGUUUUAGCAAAACGGAAAACAAAGCUGUGCCUUUCUCCUCUUUCUGUUCGGUUUGAUGUCGGUUUGGGGUGGCCUUAGGUGGUGAGGGGCGCGGCGGGGCUGCGGCCGGCCUGGGGCCUGGCGGGUCGAGUUCUUGUCCGGUGGUGGCUCUGGGAUGCUGCAGGCUUCCUCCGACCCUGUGCCUCUGGGGGCCUCUGUCUCCGGUGGGGGUGCGGGGGCGGAGGCCCUUGGCGUCUGUUGGUGUGGACUGGAGCGCCUCGAGGGGGUACCUCCUGGCAGGGGUGUGGCCCCUCCUGUCCCCUGGUGUCUGUUCCUGCUGCAUGACCCCCGCCCCACCCCUGCAGAUGGCCCAGAGGGUGCUGGGCACAGGCUGGGCCCUCAACCUCCCCUCGUGCCCUUUGUUGCUGCCAGGAUGGAUGCCAGGAGGGGUGUGGCAGGGUGGCCAUGUGUCCGGAAUGCUGUUGUCCAGCCACCACCCGGCCCUGAGGUGGGCAGAGGUGCCUGUGUGGCCCAGGCUGGGUGCGUGCUGAGCCCGGGUCGAGACCCCUGCCCGGCCAGCGUGCGGCCUGGGCUCCUGGGGGCAGGUCUCCCAGCCUCCCCCAGCCUGGGAGCUAACUGCUCCAUAGACAUGCACUGGGUUGUGAGUUUUAUACCUUUGUAGAAAUCCUGAUGUCACUUCUUCUACCUCUGUGAAGCGUCGCCCUGGGGUCCUGCCUGGGGGUGUGUCUGGGCAGCUUCUCUGUGUUGGGCAGCCCUGGGCCCCUCCUGGCCCUGCCGACUCCCGGGCCUCCCUGGGCUGGAAGGCCAGCCCUGGGGCCUGGCACCACGCUCAGGGGUCCGGCUUCCAGCCAGCAGAAGCGGGAGGCGGAGCCUGAGCACAUCUUUGUUAGAUGGACCUGAAGCGUUGGCCUGAUGGGCCCAUCCCGGUCCUGGGACCCGGAGCGGCUGAGGCUCCAGCACUGUUGUACGGCCCAGUGUCCUGGCCCGUGGCCGGCAGGCCUUGGCCGAGUAAAGGCUCUUCAGGCAGCUGGUCCUGAGGGCGGGUGGCCAGAGCGGGUGUGUGUCGGGGCCAGCCGGGUGGUCUGGCCCCACGCAGGGCCAUGGUGGUGUCCCCCCGGGUCCCUCCGUCUAUGUCGGGGCUGGUCUCCCCCUGCUGGCCCAGGGCGGGGUUGGGGGCAGACAGAUGAGGGGCUUGGACCGGGAGGCCAUGUGGUCCCGGGGCCCCCAUCCUGCUCUGGGGGUCCUUUCUCAGAGAUGGUCCUUGGGGGUAGGGGGCUCCUUCUUGUGCCUGGCAAGGGCUUGGAGGUUCUCUGGGUCCCCGGGCCUGCCUCUGACCUCCGGCGGGCAUGCUGGAAGUGUGGGUACAGCCGUCUGCCUGCCCGUGGGGGCUGUCGGUGUUGGGGGCUGCUAGAUGGUGGCCUGGGCCCUCCCUGUGCGUGCCGCGUGCCGCCUCUGCCUUCGUGUCUGUCCGCAGCAGCUGCUGUGCGUCAUUCCGGCUCCUGAACCUGAGCUGGUGGCCCUGGGGCCUUUUGGGAGUUGAGUUCUGGGCCGAGCACAGGCAGACCCUGGGCUGAGUUUGCUCGGGGUGCCGACGACAGGCUUCUGGCGGCGGCGUGAGGUCCGCUGACUACCAGCGUCGGAUGCGGUUUCUUAACAGCAAUAAUCAGCCGCUUCGGAGAAGGGGUGUGCCUGUGUGUGCCUGUGGGUAGGUGCACACGUGUGCCUCUGUGUGUGUGCAUGUGUGCAGGGGGAGAGCCUGGUGUCUGAGGACUCCGGGGGGCUGGGGGUGCUUGGCCGGGGCGGGCUGGCCCCGAGGCCUCGUCCGCUCUCCUCUGGCCCGGCCAGCCUGGGUCCCAGCCCUCCUUCCUCCUGGGCUGAGGCUGCUGGACAGGCCCGCAUGCAGCGAGGGUGCCCGGGUUGAGCUUUUGCCCGGGGCACUGGCACUGUGGGGAGGAUGGCCAGGGCAGGGACGCUCGGGGACACUCUGCGGGCUGGUGGAAGUCAGAUCUGGGGACGGGGGCCCAGGCGGGCUGCUGUCACUGGCUGAGUCCACCGUCGGUGUGGUCCGUGGGAGGGCCCCAAGGGGCACCGAGUUCCGGGGGCGCAGGCUGCCGGGCAGGGGGUCCCUGUGAGCCGCGGGGGGGGGGGCCCGCAGCCAUGGCCCUGCGCCUGCCCGGCCCCCAAUGCUGCUGUUUUUCAAUAAAACUCGAGCUGAUGGAA